UACCCAGUGAGAAGUGGAGGCGCCAGUUUCUGUUCUGUAAUCUAUCGUCAUUUCAGUUUGGCGAAUUUUCAAGAUUUUUGUAGGGUUUUACGAGCUCGAAAAUGGUGGUUCGAAUUCGAUUGUCCAGAUUUGGUUGUAAGAACAAGCCGUUUUACAGGGUCAUGGCUGCCGAUAGCCGAUCUCCUCGUGACGGCAAACAUCUUGAGAUUCUAGGUUACUAUAAUCCCUUACCAGGUCAGGAUGGUGGUAAACGAAUGGGUAUUAAUUUUGAGAGAGUGAAGUAUUGGCUUUCAGUUGGUGCUCAGCCUUCGGACCCCAUGCAGCGUAUUCUUUUUCGAGCAGGGUUACUUCCACCACCCCCAAUGGUUGCAAUGGGACGUAAAGGCGGACCACGUGAUACUCGUCCUGUUGAUCCUUUGAGUGGGCGCUUCGUCACUCCAGAGAAGAAGCCAACUGAUAGUUCCAAUGGUGAAGUUGGUGAUGCCGAUUCAUAGUUUUCUUUCAGAAGAAUCUCGGGCUCUGGAAUUAUCAUUCAAAUGUGAUUUCCAACUCAUCCUGUUGUUCAGGUAAAAUAGUUCAAUAAAUCGGUCCAUUUACUUUUGAUUACAAGAUGCAGUUUUUGAUGGGGAAUUAGAAAAAGCAAAGUAGUUUCAGUUUAUUCUGGAACAUUAAAAUGGAGUCUGUAGAUAUUAUCAACGUCCAAUCCUCCAGUACCAAGGCAUAGUAGGGUUGUUGGACUGAGCUUAUCUCACCGAAGACUAGCCAUUACGUUGAGAAAACAUGACCUUGUUGUCUAAUUUAAACAUGAUUAGAUCUCUGUUUUGUUCUUUCUUUGUUAUGUUAUUUUGAUUAAAAUGAGAGAAAUAUUCAUUUUGCUUUUCUAGUA